AUGACGAUCACUUCGGGAAAAUCUGAGGAUGCAGCGAAUGUCCACGCUGCCAGUAUCGGAGGAGAUGCUGGACAUUUGGCAUUGCCUGGGUUUUAUAAUCAAACCUGCGUGUGGGAACACCAUUUAACUGCGGAUGGAUGUAAAGAGCCUCACCCAAAGGUGCUGCUUAUCAACAUUUCAACAUUUUCUAAUACCAGGAACGAUUUGAUCCUGAACGUUUUGAUUCUUCAGAGUACCGAAAGUCAUGACGUAUAUCAACGGCUUGGGUGCCUCAAUAUGUACGCUGUUUACUUUGGUUCCACUGUCGAGCAUCCAGAUUGGACAACAAGAGAGAUAACAAUCAUAUGA